AUGGUCCAGCUCACUCCGCUCCUCCUCAAGACCUACCAUGGAGGCCACCUGACCAUCCGCCUUGCCCUGGGGGGCUGCACCAACCGGCCUUUCUACCGCAUCGUGGCCGCGCACAACAAGUUCCCCCGGGACGGCCGCUUCGUGGAGCAGCUGGGCUCCUACGACCCGCUGCCCAACACCCACGGGGAGAAGCUCGUGGCUCUCAACCUGGAGCGCAUCCGCCAUUGGAUCGGCUGCGGGGCCCACCUCUCCAAACCCGUGGAAAAGCUUCUGGGACUUGCUGGCUUUUUCCCUCUACAUCCCAUGUUGAUCACAAACGCUGAGAGGCUUCGACGGAAACGGGCACGUGAAAUCCUCUUAGCAUCUCAGAAAACAGCGACAGAGGCUACAGAAACAGAAGCAAGCUGA